AUGCCGCCCAUCAUAGCGACGACAUCUCAAGGUGCCAGAGAUCAGCCUUAUGAUCGUAACUCGCGAGUCUACAUUCUUGCUCUGGUCACUUCGAUGGGAGCAUUUCUGUUCGGAUAUGAUCUGGCAUUCAUUGGAACUUCCAUUGAAUUGGCUCCAUUCCAGAAGGACUUCGGAUUGGACGGCGCAUCAGAUCCAGAGAAGAAUGCCUUCUCAGCCAACAUUGUCUCGCUACUGCAAGCUGGUUGCUUCUUCGGUUCUCUUGCAGCAGCACCCGUGGGAGACAAGCUGGGCCGCCGACCAGCUUUAGGGCUCGGCGCCAUUGCGUUCAUUGUCGGGUCGGUCAUGCAGACAGCAUCCGCUGGUAACAAGCCUGUUAUGUUCGUGGGGAGGGCGAUUGGUGGUAUUGGGGUGGGCUUUGCUAGCAUGUUGGUACCUCUAUACACAGCGGAAUGCGCUCCGCCCAAGAUCAGAGGCCGACUCGUUGGGAUUUACGAAAUUGGAGUCCAAGUUGGGACCUGCAUGGGAUUCUGGAUCAAUUUCGGGGUCGACCGCAAUAUGCCUCCGACUUCUGCGCAGUGGAUGACACCCUUUGCGUUGCAGCUUAUCCCAGCCGGGCUCCUUUUAAUCGGUCUGCUAUUCAUGACGGAUUCACCGCGCUGGAUUGCCAAGGCUUAUGGAAGGACUCGCGCCGUCAAGACUCUCUCCCGUCUCCGAGACCUUCCUAUCCAUCACCCGGCCGUCCAAGAGGAGGUCACCGAUAUCCUGCUACAGCUCGAGAUUGAACGUUCCGACGGGUUUGGCAACACUCGCGCGGCUUGGAAAGAGCUUAUGCGGCCGGGGCUCCGCAAUCGGGUGCUCCUGGGAGUUCUGAUCAUGAUCUUCUUCCAAAUGUGCGGGUCUAACGCGAUCAACUACUACUCGCCCCGGAUUUUCGAAUCGAUUGGUUUGGUGGGGACGGAAACGAGUUUGAUCUCGACGGGAAUAUACGGUAUCAUUCGACUGGUCGCGGUCUUCGUGGCCAUGUACUUCGUGGUCGACCGGUUUGGAAGGAAGCCAAUGUUGAUCGGCGGAAGCUUUGUGAUCGCAAUCUCAAUGUGGCUCAUUGGUGUAUUCGUCAAACUCCAGGGCACCAACACCGACGCUAGCAAACUCCUGGGUGCAAGUCCAUACGUAGCGGCAGUCUUCAUAUUCGUGUUCGCUGUGGCAUUUUGCUUCAGCUGGGCUGGUGUGCCGUGGGUGGUUUGCUCCGAGAUCUAUCCCCUGAGAGUGCGAGGUCUCUGUGUUAGCAUUUGUGUCGCCACACACUGGCUGUUCAAUUUUGUUAUUGCGCGGAGCGUGCCGUAUAUGCUCUCGAACAUCGGCUAUGGCACAUACUUUGUAUUUGCUGCCUGCACGACACUUGCUAUUCCCUUCGUUUGGUUCAUGGUUCCCGAGACGAAAGGGAUGAAGCUGGAGGAGGUCGACGCACUUUUCGACGGGCGAGGUCUCAUUCCUCGACGCAGGCAAAGUCUGGCCAGGGCAAAUGAGGCAGGCGAGCAGAAAGCAGUGGUUGAGCAGAUCGAACGUGUAUAG